AUGAUGGAGGCUGGCCUGUGCCUCACUCUUUUGUGUGUGCUGUUGAGGCCUGUUGGGGGCGGCUGUGUGCUGCCACUGAUGAAGGGCAGCCCUGUGGGAUUUCAACCAAAGGCCAUUGCAGCGGGCCCUCAGGAAAAACUAGUGAUCGUGGACCAAAGAGGUGUGCUCCUCUUUGCUGACAUGAAAGAUUUUACGGUGCAACAGGAUUUCCAGCUUUCUCGUGAGAUGGACGAGUCCAAUAUCCAAGGGCUGGCGAUGACCAACCGCGAUAGCACGUACCUCUACGCUGCGGCGAACCAUGACUCUGAACUAGUGGAGUAUGAAUGGCACAGCUCCCACAAGGUAUUUCGGAGGUUCAAACUAUUGGGCGUGCCUAGCGUUGGCCAAGGUUUGCAAAGCCUUACCUUUGUCCCAACGCCUGCCAGUUCUCAAGAGGGCUACUUUUAUGCGAGUGCGGGGAUUUCAGGUGACAUCUACAUCUACGAGGUCCCACUGCUCAGUGAGGGGCUCACAUCAGCCAGGUCCGUAAAGGUUUGGUCGCCAGAUUCAGCUCCAAGACAUCAGGAUCACCAUGUCACAGGCCUAGAAUAUGCUGAUGGCUACUUGUUUGUAUGUUACGAUAUGGGUUCCUCGGCCUACUUGUUGAUCUUCGAGAUCCUCCCUUCAGGGCUCCCUGGCCCCUUGCAGGAGCGCCAUCAGGCCCACGGCCACAACGUCUUGAAUCCAGAAAAUAGCAUCAAUCCUUGA